AAAUGUUCUAGGAUAUAUCUUCAUGGUCUUUGUCAAAGCUGGGUGUGAACAUUGAUUUCAUAAUCGAUCGACGUUGCACCAUGCAGGCAUGUGGGAGUGCCACUUCGUGUGUUUUUCCGAAGUAAAAAUGUAAUUCUGGGGUAUAAAAAGGGAAAUAAUCGAACAAUAGUUAGUAAAAACAUCGUUCGAUACUUGGUAUCGUCGACGUUGCUUACCAGUGGUUAAUGAAAAGUUGAACAUCUUCUCUCUAGCUGCUAGACAAGUCCUGAGUUGUGAAAGAGGUGUAGAUCUAGAUCUAGAGAAGUUAUUUAAAUAAUCGCAGUUAUCUAGAUCUAUGUUGAUCUCCAUAAAGUUCAUGAAAGCAUGGCUGACUCUUCAACAUAUACCCAGCUAUUAAAAGAGGUUAGAGAAAAAAGUGCAGCUAUUAACACUACACCCCUCAUAAAACGGGAUUUUAUUUCUUUGUCAAAGAGCAAUACUACUUCAUACAAGAAAGAGAAUGCUUUCAGAGUAAUGCAAUGGAAUCUUUUGGCUCAAGCUCUGUGCCAGACCAGCGAUGGUUUCAUUCUGUGCCCAAAUGCAGCAUUGGAUUGGUCUUACAGGCAACAUCAUAUAAUGGAAGAGCUUUUGACUUACUGUGCUGAUAUAUACUUUCUCGAGGAGUUGGAUCAUUAUCCUUUUGUUGAAAAAGAAAUGCAAAAAAUAGGUUUUAGUGGUCUCUUUUUUCCUAAGCCAGAUUCACCUUGUUUAUAUCAAGCAAUCAACAACGGCGCAGAUGGGUGUGCUAUAUUUUGGCGCAAUUCUCAAUUCAAAUUACUCUCACAUGACAGUAUUAUACUUUUAAAUGACAAGGGAAUAGAGACAAAUCAGGUAGCAUUACUUUGCAAUUUUGAGAGUAUGUCUGGGAAGAAGCUUCUAUGUGCUGUUACUCAUCUUAAAUCUAAAACAGGUUUUGAGGAGUACAGAUUUCAACAGGGAAAAUAUUUAGAAAAGGUUCUUAGUGAAAAAGCUAAUGGUCUUCCUGUGAUAUUAUGUGGUGAUUUUAAUGCAGAACCAACAGAAAAAGUUGUGAAAGUUAUGAAGUCUAGUAAGCUGAUGUUGAAGAGUGCAUAUACCAAUCUUUCCUUACAUGAAGAUGAACCACCUUACACUACGUGGAAAGUUCGAGCUGGAAGAAAAGGUGGUGAAAAAGAAGAAGUUUGUCACACUAUCGAUUACAUCUUCUACAGCGAAAAUUCUCUGGCUUGUACUGGAUUGUUAAAACUCCCAACUGCUGAUGAGAUAGGGAAAGACUUUCUACCAUCUUAUGCCUAUCCAUCAGACCACCUGUCACUAGUUGCUGAUUUUCAGCUGCUUUGAUUAUGUAUAAAUUAGGACUAUUUAAAAUUUAGAAGAUAAUCAUACUAGUUAAUAUUAGCUUUGCAUAAUCUGAAGCACUUAUUUAAAUAAUGAUAACAAUUUCAUAUAUGCAGGAAAUAUAUAGAAAGUUUAGUGGUCACUAAAAUAACAAUUAAAUCAAAUUUAAGGAUGGUGAAUUGUUCAGGUUAAGUAAUAUAUUUUAAUACUGAGGGUAUCAAUAAUCAUAUAAAUUUACAACCAACCUACAUUGAAUACACAUUAUAAAAGCUAUUGAAGCAGAUAGUAUUCACUAUUGUUGCUAUAAUUAAGGAUAUUUUAGUUUUAAUGUACAUUUCAGUGUACUCUAUCUGCUGUUUAUCAACAUGAAUAGAAAAGAAUAAUUUUAGCUAACCUUGUUCAUUGAGACUUUAACUUUAACAUACAAAUAUCCAUUUUGUGAGUCAAGUAACUUUGGUAUAUUAUUUGCAUGUAAUCACUAAAUGUUCUUUUAAUGUGUGUGUAAUUUUCACUUUAUAAUUUAUUUUACCACAAUCUUUAAUUAAGUUUAUUACAGUUGAAUAAUUGCUUUUUAAAUAAGAUGUACUAGAAAACCUAAAUAAAUUAGGCUUAUUCUAGUUUUUGUUUAAAGUAUAAUUAUUCAAUUGGCUUAUUUUCAUAAUAGUACAAUGUAAAUGUUUGUGUACAAAAAUUUAACUCACUUUUCAACGUACAUAAUUCUUAAUACCUCAGAACAUGCCCCUUAAAGAAUUCACCUCAAGAUCACGCUUGUAUUCUAAGGAUAUUAUAUAAUAAUAUUUACAUGAAUUUAAAUUGUUAUUAUUUAAUGCUAUAUACUAUUGUAUAAACUUUGUCAUUUUUACAACUUUUACACAGCUCAUAAAUUGACAUCUUGUCAUUUACAUUAUUUGUUAAUAUAAUCUCAAAGCUCCUGGUGCUUAAAGAUUAUACAAGUUAACAUAAGAAAAAUCUAAAUUUUAAUUUAGUUUAAUCCUAACACAACUAAAAUUUGAGAGGUGUAGUGGUGAAUAAACUUAAUAGUUCUAACAGUAUUUAAAAUUAUUACUAGUCUAAUCUCUGUUAAUUCUAUGUGAUACAUGUUUUAUUGUUUGUAAAAUUUGUUUGUAAAAUGAAACACAUUUCCCGGUACUGAUCUAGUGCUUUAUAUGUAGUGCUCUCACCAAACAGAAUAAGUAUACUUAUGUAUACUCAUAGGAAAUAUAAAGCAUGAAUAGUUUUUGUAACAUCUUUAUGUUUUAUGUGUAGUAUUAACAUAUAUUGUUAUUUUAAAAAGGUGUCAUCUACAUUCUACAGAGCCAAAGAAAUAUUUUUGUACCUUUAGUAUUCAUCUGGUUAAAAAAAAUUAGAGUGAAACCAUUUUAUUUUGAAAUUAAAAAUGUUG